AUGUCUGAAAUGUCAAAAUGUUUUGAAAAUGGUGAACAAUCCGGAUGUACGCAGAAGGCUUGUGAUCUCGGUAAAGCCCUUGAAGAAACGUCAGUAGAGCCUGCCAAGCAGGUAACGACGGAGCUCUGUCUGAUUACCUGGAGCUAG